UGUACGGUGUAAAUAGUGUUGUAAUGGAUACUAAUACACCGCAUCCACACGAUUAACCUUCAGGUAUUUGGUGCCAGGUUAAACAGUGAGACCGAUCUGUUUUUAUGAACAUGAAUUCUCAGGUGACAGGCAGUGGAGGAGAGCAGAGACCGCUUGUGUCUAGCUGUGUUGAGGAUGCAUUGAAGGCGGCUCUGCGCAGGGCGUUUGAGAUGGCGCUGGAAAUCACCGUGAAUGAAAUCAGCACAAUGAUGGGUCAAGCGCUGCGUGAUGCCCACGACCAGAUACACGAGACCCAGCGGGAGAACAGCACCCUGAAAUUACGACUACAGCAGCUCCAGAAUGAACAAGACCGCACACACCGCACUGCGUACAGUCAGACGGAUGCAAACCAGAGUAGGACCACAUCAGACAUUCAGCAUGAGGAUACACCGAGGAAAGUGUGUGAAAAGGAGUCCGAGGAAUCGGAUGAUUAUGUGGUUAUGAGUGCAGAGAUGACCUGUGAGAGGCUGAAUGGAUCUUUUCUUGAAAUACGUGAAGAUGGUCGUGUACGCUCUCAUGAAUCCAACACAUCACCUAUUGAUGAGAAAGAAAACUUAGACUCAGGAAAUGAGCCCAAGACGGACCACAAACAAGACGUCGAGCCAAGUGAUCAGGACCCAUCAUCAUUUCAACCUGAGUUUGAACCAGUUAAGGUGAAGACGGAAAAGCCAGAACCAGAGGAACCAGUAGUGGAUGGCAGCUCUGGAUGUGAUUCUGAUGCUAGACCAGACUAUAGCCUUGACCCAAGGUCUAAUGAGGAGUUUGGGCUUGACAGAAUAGCUUUUGCCCAGUCUAAACUAUUAGAAGACUGGAGGACUGAUCCUGAGCAGCCGGAGCAUGAGACUGAAUCUUUGGAUCAAGGACCCAGCCGUAGCCUUGGUUCCUCAGAAAUCAGUUUGUCCACCCCUUUUCAUAGCUUCUACCAAUCAGCGGACAAAACCUCCCUCAACCAGUCAACUCAAAACUGUAGUGAUCAAGCGAGGAAAAACAUAGAGUCCAGCCUUUAUGUUUGUAAAUUCUGUGGUCAUGUGUUUCACAGUGGAAUUGAACUGCGUAAUCAUCACAUUCAACAUCACAGAACUAUAUUAAUGAGAGUGGGAAAAGCUGCUAUUACAACCAGGCGAAAAAAACAGCAGCUUUUCCCCCCGGGGUGCAGCCCAUAUCACUGCAAUGUGUGCAACCGAGACUUUAAUCGCCUGGAGAACUUGAAGACUCACUUGCGGAUACACACUGGCGAGCGUCCGUACACCUGUUCGGUGUGUGGUGUGCAGUUUCGCCACUCAGGGGCGCUGACACGCCACUUCCGCAUUCAUACUGGUGAAAAACCGUAUGUAUGUGCAGAAUGUGGAAAGAGUUUUAGGAACUGUGGAGGUUUACGCUUCCACCAGAAAUCACACAGCCUGGACAAAUGAAACUGUAGAAGAUGUGAUAUUUUGCCCUUUUUUUUUUUUUUUUAUUAAAAAAAAAGGAUUUAAAAGUGUACAACAAGCAGCUCUCUAUGAUUCUGUGUCUUGACAUUAGUCUUAAGGUAUAGUUCACCCAAAAAUGAAAAAUCCGUCAUCAUUUACUCACCCUCAUGUUAUUCCAAUCCCAUAAGACUGACUUUCAGGAACACAAAAGAAGAUGUUAAAGGGUAACUAAACCCCUGCUCAGAGUCUGACUCCACCCACUAGCAAUAUUUGAAAAAUGCUGGAAAAGUGUGCAGACCCCAGCGGGGAUAGAGGGGACGAACCGCGGGGGGUGCACCUGAGACCCGUAGUGACGGAUUAAUUGACAGCUGCUGUCAGACUCUAAAAUGGAGAGUGACUGGAGUGACGCAAGUAGCUUUGCCACGGAGCGGUCUUUUGAAGUCGAGGACUUUUCUCUUUGAAGUGGAGGAGGGUGAAUUGUCUGUGGACACAGGGCCGGAGCCAUAUCAAUUCGAGCCGCUGGCUCAAACUGCGGUUUUAACUCCCGCAUCGCGAUCGGCAUCCGACGAUGCUAGCGAAGCAGCCGCGCAAGGGAGAAUGGGGCCAGUGUCUAGCUCGUACCAAGGGCGUGGUGAGCUGGAACCUGCUUACGUCAGCUCUCACCGCUUACGUCACGAAGUACCGCAAAUAGCCAAUAGGAAAAUUCAACUUCAUGUAGCCACCGUUCAACCUGAAGAGGGCAGCACUCAGACGUUUUACACCAUAUAUUGUAGAAUUAAAACACUUUAUACACAAAUGUCCAAAAAAUUACUUGAAUCAAUGACCAGUACUAAUAAAGCCCCAUUCUUACAGAUCAUUAACUAAAAAAUUUUGGUUUAGGGUUUAGUUACCCUUUAAGAGGUAUGUUAGUCUUAGUCACCUUUCACUUACUUUGUAUUUUUAUUUUUUUUCAUCAAAAUAGAGUCUGUGAUACGGAAGAGUUUUGGAACAACAUGACUGAAUUGUCCUUUUUUGGUGAACUAUCCAUUUAAAGUGGCCUGUUUGAUUGUACAGAGUUAAUGGUUUUCUCCAUACUUGACUAACAUUGGAUAUGAAACAUCAUACAUGCGUUCAAUAGCCUAUUUUAAUAAAAGAAGAAAUGCACUCAACCCGUGCCGUUAGCUCAGUGUCUGUAACAUUUCGUCAUACAUAAUCAGGUUUGAGGUUCUCUGCAACACAGAACCUUCUGUUGGGCCUUGCUAUGAAUUCAUAAUCAAAUUAUAGUUUGUGAAACAUAAACUGCUACCUUUACAAAAACAUUUAUUGACUAAUAAUAAAAUAAGUUUUAUUUGGAUUUUAACAUUAAUGGCUCUCUGAAAUGUGAUCUCUGUAACACUUUGCAAUAAGGUUCCAUUUGAUAACAUUAGUAACAAGAUUAA